AUGAGCACCCGCAUGAAAGGGGUUACCCUCGAGCGCCCGCUCGUUUACGGCACCCAGGCCACGCUGAUCAACCGCAAGGAAACCCCAGAUGCACCCGAGGACCAUACCCAUCGGUGGACGGUCUUUGUCCGGGGGCCCUACGGCGAGGACAUUUCGACGUUUGUGAAGAAAGUCCAGUUCAAGCUGCACGAGAGCUUUGAUCCGCCAGUCCGGUCUCUCGAAUCGCCUCCCUUCGAGAUCACCGAGACCGGCUGGGGUGAGUUUGAGAUCGCCAUCAAGAUCUUCUUCCACGACGCAACCGAGAAGCCAGAAAAGCCCAUCACCUUCUUCCACCCGCUCCAGCUCUACCACAAGGAUGAAACGGCCGGACCCAAGAAACCUGUGAUUGUCGAGAACUUUGAAGUGAUUGUCAUCCAGGACCCACUCGAGGAGACGUUUGAGGUCCUGAGCAAGAGCGGCCAGGGCAUUUUCAAGAAAGGCUCAGCCAGCUUCACGCCCGAGAUGGAAAAGAUCGAGCUGCGCAAGAUUGCCGAGGCGAACGACAAGAUCGAAAUGGAGAUCGAAAACUACCAGAUCCUCUUGAAGAAGGUCGAGGAAGACAUGAAGGCCCUUCAAGGCGAAUCCAAGAGCCCAGAGAUCAAGUCAUGA